AGCAAACGUGUACACUGACCUGCCACUGUGCCGCCCGGGCCAGCCAGUGCGGAGAGAAUCGCUGCAAUGUCGAUUCCCAUUGGCCGACCACGUGAUUCACUGGUGAAGUUCGACCCGCCCCUGGAGCUGGGCCCGGCCCCAACGGAGGCGCUGCGCAAGGGCGCCAAGGCCCUGAAGCCCAACUCCUUGAAGGCGCAGCUGUCGCGCAAGACGCAGUUGCCGCCGGCAGAGUCCAAACCCAACACCGACGACGUCCUGCAUGCAUUGCUGCCACCACGUGAGUGGAUUGAAGAAGGAAAGCACUACCAGCAGUAUGUCAGCAAUCAAGCAGCGACCCGGCUGGAUGUGAUCCAAUUGCAGGAGGCCCUGGACCAACGACUCAUGGAGCGUCAGGCCCGGGAGACGGGCAUUUGCCCCGUGCGCGAGGAGUUAUAUUCCCAGUGUUUCGAUGAGCUCAUCCGACAGGUGACCAUCAAUUGCCCCGAGCGCGGCCUGCUGCUGCUGCGCGUGCGCGAUGAGAUUCGGAUGUCCAUCGCGGCGUAUCAGACCCUGUACCAGAGCAGUGUCACGUUCGGAACCCGCAAGCAGCUGCAGUCAGAACAGGGCAAGGCGGAGACCGAGCAAAUGAUUGCAGAGCACGAAGAGCAAAAGAAGCAACGCGAGGCGCGCGUGGUGGAGCUGAAGAACAAGUGCGAUGCCAUCGAGCGCCGGGAGGCGGAACGCCGCGCCGUGGAUGAGCGAAAACGGAAGGAGGAGAUCGACUUCCUGAAGCACCAACAGCAGCACUUGGAGUCGUUCCUCAAGAGCCACGAUUCAAAGUGAGAGCGGCAGCGGUGGCAGAGCAUUUUGUGUCCGAAGAUGUGGCACAAAAGAAAAAACCAACCGAUGAUCAUCGAUCCAUCUAUCUACUCUGCCUGUCUCUAU